AUGUCAUCACCAUCCAUCACAACAGCAACAAACAACAACACUGAUAAUGGUCUAUGGGCUUCAUCAAGCCCUGCACCAUACCAUCAGCAACAGCAUCAUCUUCAGCAUCUUCAGCAUCCCCAUCAUCUUUCUCAUUCUAAUCCAACAUAUCAAUUGCAACAACAACAACAACAAUCACCACCUACUAGUACUACUACUAUCACUACUUCUUGUACAAGAACAACUGACUCUAAUUCAUCAUCCUUAUCAUCUCCAUCUUCGCCACCAUCAUCUUCGUCGUCGUCGUCGGCUACAGCAACAGCAACAUCGGGAAAAGGAUCACCCUCGCCAUCAAAGCCUAAUAAUACAAACCGAAAGCGGACACGAGCCACUGCCGAGCAACUGGCUGUGUUAGAAGACACCUUUUCGGUCAAUGUGAGUCCCAACGCCAAGCAUCGCAAACAGCUGUCUGAAAAACUGGGCAUGAGUGAGCGGUCGAUCCAAAUCUGGUUUCAAAACAGGAGAGCCAAAGUCAAGCACAUGCAAAAACGAGCUCAGAUGCAAAUGCAACAAGCAGCAAUGCGUGCGCAAAUGUUUCAUCACCAGCAACAACAACAGCAGCAGCAGCAGCAGUAUUAUUACCCUUAUUCGUGGUUGCAGCAACAACAACUCCAGUUCCAACAGCAGUCUGCAGCCGCAGCAGCAGCAGCUUUCUUCCAACAGCAGCAGCAGCAACAACAACAACAACAGCAGCAACAACAGUUUCAACAUAGACCAUCGUUUUCCAGGGCACAGAGUGUGGAUGCUAUCCAUCAUCACCACCAGCAUCAGUUCUCCUUAUUGUCGGAAAUGCCUGCUUCGACCUCCGCUGCUGCUGCUGCUGCUGCUUCUACUCACCACCAUCAUGGUCUCGCUACUGGCAUCAAUAGUUCCCCAUCCAAUAAUAGCAACACAGCGGCGGCUGAUUGGCCAUCUUCAGGAGGAGCACCACCGGCCGUAAUGGGAGGAGACCAUCAUCAUCAACAACAACAAAGCGCCUUGUCGAUGAUCAUGGCUCGGCAAAGCAUGCCGCCCCAUAUUGGACCUGACUUUGACUCGUUUUUUACUUCCAAUAACAUGCAUGUUGCCACAACACCGGAAGCCCCAGCUGUUACUACUGCAACAACUUAUAGUAGCAGUCAUAGCAGCAACAACAGUUGCUCCUCUGUGCCAUUGGUACCUAUUCCGGACGCUGGACCCACUGUGAUGCUCGGUAACAACCAGCUUACGCCACCUCCUAUCGUGAGUGCCGGCAGUACAAGCUCAUCAUCGUCGUCGUCGUCGUCCAACAAUUCUUCCGUGGGUGACAAUGGCAAUAACAGCGGCUGUUUUGAUCUUGACGAAUUACUGCUCUCAUCGGCAUCAUCCGCUACUACUACUACUGCUGCUGCUGCUGCUGCUCUCACACAGUGUCGCAACGGUGACAGUGGCGGUACCAUUGAUCCUAGCAACCUUGUUGUCAACAACAACAACAAGCAAGAUACCAACAAGAUGAUCAUUUUGGGCGCCACUGCAUUGUCCGUGGGCUCGUGGCAACGACUUGCGUUGAACGCAACGGAUCUGGUGUGUAUCUAUCGACCUACAGAGCGCGAAUUCUCAUGGCAUAUCGAUGACAAUGGCUUGCAAUACAAGAUCCAGUUCUCUAUGGAUGCAGUGCGUGCUAUUGAACUUGAGAAUGGUGACGAUGAAGAGGAGGAGGAGGACGACAAAGUUGCAGCUACUCUGCAAGUCCAUUUCGAUUUACGACCCGAAUCGCCUCCGUUGUUCUAUACCAUGACCGCAGACAAACAAUGGAUGCAGUGCAGUGACUUUACCGAAGGCGCCCAGGCCACCAGUAUCCUUAGACAUACCAUCAAGGGUGUCUCGCAUCAGUUGAAGCAGGACUUGCUGUCUUUGUUGAAUGCUUCGGAAGAAGCGAGUCAAUUAUUAUUAACUACUACUACUGCUAGUAGUGUUGCUGCUGCUGGACAACAACAACCCUCAGAUCUCUUACUUGCUGCUACUACUACCACUAAUGCUGCUAUUCCUGUCGGUAGUGGCCAUGGUAGCUUAGCAACCUUCGAUGAUUUUUUAUCUCCUGCUUGUAAUACUUUCGCUUAUCGUGCCUUUGAUUAA